AUGGAUUCGUUCAACAUCACCAACAUCAAGGCCGUGAAAGCAAAGGCGAUCCGAAAGCACAGGAAGAUCGAGAAGAUCACAAACAUGUUCAGGUUGCUGGAAAUCCUUGUCGUUUUGGCCGUGGUUUCCAGAUUCUCAGUUCAUCUCCCAUUUGCCGCCAAGAUCUCCGGCGAUUACAUCAAGGAUGUAGUCCUCGCUCUCGCCAGCCCGCGGUUCGUAUUCGUCGUGGGGAACGUCAUAGUGAUAGUCCUCUUCACCAAGUCCGGCCAGUUUCCGGGCCAAGACCGGAAGGGAAAGAAGAGCACAAAAGCUGAUCUUUACCAGGAAUUUGUGGAAAUGAGCGGAAAGGUUCCACAGCAGCCUUCUCCUGUGGAACAGAGGGUUGAAACAGAGCACAGAAGAAAACAGAGCAAAAGUACAGAGAUUGUGGUCAGGGAAGAGGGUUCUUCCCCUGCUUCCUUGGGGAUCGUGAAGAGUUAUGAGAGGAGUCAAUCGGAGAAACUUCCUGCUACUAAUUGGAUCGUGAGCAAGCCUGAGAAGGAACUGAAGCGAUCCGUUACGGAGAAGUUCAACGACAGGAGGAGUAAUGGUUGUGGAGAGGAAGUGAAGACGAAGAAGAAGGAGAAGGGUUCGUUUCCAGAGGACAAGAUGAGCAGCGAGGAGUUCAAGAGCACGAUUGAGGCCUUCAUUGAACGGCAGAAGAGGUUCCGAAGAGAUGAAGAGGUCUCUGUAUUUGUGGGUUGA